AUGGUUGGUAUUUCGACUAAUCUUAUUCACAACAAAACAGUUUCUCGGGAUGUUAUACCUCCCAUUAACAUUUCCACUACCUACAAGUAUUCCGAAGAUCCAGAUGACUUAGUCAAGGUAACAGACCUGAAAGGCUCAGAGGACUACUUCCUUAACGAUACUUACUUCUACUCAAGGGUCAAUCAUCCCACCAGUGAAUUGCUCGAGAAGGCCUUAUCUAAGAUCUUGGACGGCCAUGUGGUGGUGUAUAAUUCUGGAUUGGCUGCCUUUUUUGCUGCUUUAACGUACAUCAAUCCUAAGAAAUUGGUUAUCGGCCAGGCGUACCAUGGCUGCCAUGGGAUCACUAAAAUCUUUUCUCGUCUUAAUGGAUUGGAGGUCUUGGACUUGAAAGAUCCUGGAAGUUUUGACAAGUUACAAAAGGGUGACUUGGUUCAUCUUGAAACCCCUGUGAAUCCUCACGGAUUGGACUUUGAUAUUCUGUACUAUGCGGAAUUAGCUCAUAAGAAAGGUGCUUUGUUGAUGGUGGACUCGACGUUUGCACCUCCUCCUUUGCAGUAUCCGUUCAAGCACGGGGCUGACAUUAUAAUGCACUCUGCCACCAAAUACUUUGGGGGCCAUAGUGAUCUCUUGGCAGGGAUUUUAGUUGUCAGAGACAAAUCCGUCCAAUACAAGUUAUAUGAAGACCGGGUUUAUUUGGCCACGAAUAUAGGCAACUUGGAAUCAACUUUGUUGUACAGGAGUUUAAAGACAUUUGAGUUACGGAUCUUGAAGCAGAGUGACAACUGUGAACAAUUGGUCAAAUAUUUAAAUGAUCACCGGGCUGAAUUCAAGGUGUUGAAAGAAUUGUUCCAUGGGUCGCUUCAGACAACCAAGUACCCUGACCAAAUUACAAAGCAUUCUCCAACAUUCGCUUUGACUUUGACGUCGGAAAAAUUGGCUAAAAGUUUACCUUCAAAAUUGAACUACUUUGUUCACGCUACAUCGUUAGGAGGUGCUGAAAGUUUAAUUGAGUGGAGAGCACUCAGUGAUAGUUCUGUCGAUCCUUCAUUGUUAAGAGUAAGUGUUGGUCUCGAAAACAUCGACGAUUUAAUUGAAGAUUUCAAGAACGCUCUUUUGUCAUUAGAAUAG